AUGGGACAUGAGGAGCAUGGAGGGACUUGGCACAUGGACGCAGCUCAACUGGAUACGCAAAGGAAGAAGGGAGAAGUCAUCUUGAAGACCAGCUCGACCGUCCACUCGACCAACCGGUCGAGUUCCUCAACUCGACCGGCCAAGCUUCAACUCGAUCGAGCUGAGAAGUCAAAGUCAAACCCGAAAAAUCGGACGGCGAAAGCUCUCUCCUCGGAGAGAUCGAUGGCGACUCCAAUCUUAUGGCGAGCUCCAGCUGUGGGAGUUUGUGUUGUGUUAAUGAUCAGCCACCCGAUGUUGGGCCACCCCGUGGAUGUUGUUCCCACAAUUGCCCACGCUUCAGAUGAUGACCUCUGA